AUGGAAUUUGCUUCUUCGUUAGCGUCUCCAUCAGGGACGGCGAUCCCCGGAAAAUUGUUUGUCGGAGGACUAAAAUCGGAGACGAACAAAGAGGCUCUUCACGCACACUUCGAGCGCUACGGGACGGUCGCGGAGGCCAGGAUAAUGUAUGAUUGGAGCAACGGCAAAUCGCGACGGUUCGGGUUUGUCACAUUCGGAGAUACUGCGGCGGCGUCCCGAGCCCUCGACCCCGGUGAGAAGGAUAACCACAUCAUUGAUGGACACAAGGUUGAUGUGAAACAGGCCGUACUUAAAGAAACUCGGACUGCAGGACCAAAUAAGAACAGUUCCAGCAACGCCAACGUUCCAAACGGUAAAAAAAUUUUCGUCGGCGGUUUACCAACAGAUAUCAUAGAUGACGAAUUCCGAGCUUACUUCGAAAAGUUUGGUCCGAUAACGGAUGCCGUUGUACUGAAGGAUAAGAACAUCAACCAACCUCGAGGAUUCGGAUUCGUCACCUUCGAGACCGAAGAGUCGACCCACAGAGUGUUGGAGAAUCAGUUUCAUGAGAUGAGGCCGGAUAAGAAGGUCGAGGUCAAAAAAGCCAUCCCUAAGAUAGAAGGAAGCAUACCAUGCGACAACAACAACAACAACGACAACGGCAUCAGCAGUAACAACAACGACAAUUUAUAUAAUGGUGGCAAAUAUAUUCCAAGAAUAAGAAAAUUUCCGCCAGAUGAAUAUACAUAUGUUGUCAAUUAUCCUGUACAAUUUUGUGAUUACACAUAUCCCUAUACCUGGUAUACUCCGAUGGCCUAUGGCCCAAUGGGCUAUGGGCUGAUGGGCUAUGGCCCAAUAAACUAUGGUGAUUGGAAUUGCACUAACCCAAACAUAACAUGGUAUGAUGGUCAGACGCACCCUGGUGAUAUUCAAAAUAGCGGCCUUCCUAAUUAUAAUAACAAUCUAAUUAGUAGCCCCACAAACUUAAACUUUAGCGGUUACACGACAAAUAGUGGUGCGGUUGUUUCAGCGGAUGAAGGAGUUAGUCAAAAUACUAAUGCAGAAGGGGCAAAUAAAGCUUGCGGGGACAAUGAAGAGCGCUCGAAGACUCAGCAAUUGAAGGAUAAAUAA